AUGCCCGAAUCCAAGACCAAAAUCCGCCCUCAGCAAUCCUGCUUAAGAUGUCGUGAGCGCAAAGUCAAGUGUGAUCGCUCAAUUCCUUGUCAUGCCUGUAUCAUUCGUGGGAUCGAAGCUGAAUGCACCUACCUAACUACCCCCGAAGAUCGCGAACACAUCGGCCAAGCGGAGAUCAUUGAGCGCUUACGUCGCGAGGUCGCGCAGUUGCGCACGCAGUUAAGUCAGGGUCCACGACCACGAUCUCGUCCUCGUGAACUUAGCGCCGAGCGUGUCGGUCGCGAACACGAUCGCAUUGUGCGCUCGUCUGGGUAUGCGGGAUUGGGGAAGGGGAUGGUUAGUGAUGUGGGUGGCGUGAUUGGGUAUGCGAGCGCUGGCGGCGCAGGGACGGAAAUGACAGAGGGGAGUUGGGAUGGGUCGUCGCCUUCGUCAUCGGCUAUGACACAUUCCUUGUCUGUCAAUAGUCCUGAUAGUACGGGGAGUGGAACGGCGAGUCAUACGCAAUCGAUAUAUCAGGGAUCGACAUUCGGGACCAAUACUGAGGAUAUCACGACAACGACUGGCACGGCCUUUAUUGGCGCUAGUAAGUUUUUCUUUUCUUUUAUGAUUGAGACUUUCCAAGUUCCCCAAGUUGGGUCUCUUUUUGCGAUCGUAUGUGCUGACGGUGGGAUAGAUUUCGUGGAAGACACGAAUCUUGCACAUUGUCAAGGAGGCAUUCCGGCUUUUGCACCUGGCGAGUUACCUGCUUCGAUUUCUAUGCAGAAUCUACAGCCAGUAGGCAUUGCGUCACAGAUGUAUCAAGGUGACGGCCCCCACUAUGCGGAAGACUGGGGUAAUGCGCCAUACAUGCAGGACUAUGCCAGCUACAUUCCAGAGGUGCCAGCCCCACAUACAAAUCCGGUCUACGAGCCUCAAUUAUAUCAGCAUCCACAAUGGGGACAUGGACACCAAUUCAUGCCUGCACACCAAUAUCCGGAUUCAUAUUCACAUUCAUCAUCCAUUGGCGCUUUCACUGCAAACCAGGAUCCACUUAACGUCUCGCAACCAUUACAGAGUCCACAAUUUCUUACCCAUGAGUCACUCUCGCAGCACCCUUCCAUUUCCAUACCAAACUCGUGGACAGGCAAAGGGAAAAAGGAGCUUCUGGAAACUAUACUCGAAACGAUUGGCAGUUGCGACGAGGAGCGCGUAGAUCAGGUCGUGCAAGUUGUCAGGGCCAGUGCGACGCCCGAGGAAGCUGUCUCGGGAAUCUGUCACGUCCUAGGGAUUGGGAGUGGGCGAUGA